CAAUCAACUGAGAAUUCGAAAUGGCAUACUCAAAGACUAUUCUGCUUGUUGUCUUUGCCGUUCUCCUCAUCACUGCUGAGGUCUCAGCUCAUCGUGAUCUAUCUGAGACAACAGCUGCAACUACUGAUGGCAGAUCGGGAUACAACAGAGGAGAGGGAGGAGGCAAGGGAGGAAUAUUUUCGGAUGAAGAUGGAAGAGGGGGAUACAACAAGGGAAAUGGAGGAAACGGAGGAGGCAAGGGAGGAAACGGAGGAGGCAAGGGAGGAAAUGGAGGAGGCAAGGGAGGAAACGGAGGAAGCAAGGGAGGAAAUGGAGGAGGCAAGGGAGGAAACGGAGGAAACGGAGGGGGAGAGCAUGGACCCGAAACCCAGAACUAGAUGAUGAUCCUGAUGUUGCUGCAAGAGUAUAAGCAUGGAAGCAUGCACUAGCUUGUUUGCUGAUCAAUAAAUUUGUAUUGGUUGAGUAGGAUCUUGAAAGUUCUCUAUCAACUUAUUGUUAUGUUGUGAGUACUAUCUAUAACUAAUCUAGUUGAUUUGCUAAGUUAAUUUAUAGAGUCUGUUAUAGUUUUGAUUUGCUAUAUGUACGCCAAUAUAUAUAUUUCAAACCCCAAUA